UGUAUUUUACGACAUUUGUGUGUUUACGACCGUGCUGUGCCCGUGACCUGACCUGACCUGUGGAAGAUGGCGCCCGGCUGCAAGGGAGGGGAAGACGUGACGGUGGACUCGGAAUGUCGUCAGAUUAACGCCACUAUGGAGAGAUUAGACCAUUAUUACAACGUCGCAAAGAACCAGUUACUGAGUAACCAGAGCCCCACACUGGGGCUGUUCCGGCUGCACACAGACGGAACCUCUCCUGCUGCUAAAGUGAGAGACAACAUCUACUGUGCUACAGCAGUGUGGGGACUGGCACUGGCCUACAGGAGAAUUGACGAUGACCGAGGACGGACCCAUGAACUUGAGCACUGCACGGUCAAGUGUAUGAGAGGUAUCCUGUACUGUUACAUGAGGCAGGCAGAGAAGGUAGAGCUGUUUAAGCAGGGCCAAGACGCCAGACACUGUCUGCACUCAGAAUUCCACUGGCAAACUGGAGAUGCUCUCAAGGGUGACAAUGAAGCUAAACAUCUUCAGAUUGAUGCGCCAUCCCUGUACCUCCUGUACUUGGCACAAAUGAUCUCCUCAGGACUGCAGAUCAUCUACACCACAGACGAGGUCAGCUUCGUACAGAACCUGGUCUACUACAUAGAGAGGGCCUACAGGCUGCCUGACUAUGGGGUGUGGGAAAGAGGAAGCAAGUAUAACAAUGACAACUGUGAGCUUCAUACCAGCUCCAUAGCCAUGGCCAAAGCUGCACUGGAGGCCAUGAAUGGAUUCAACCUGUUUGGAAAACAGGGUGCUUCUUGGUCAGUCAUCUAUGUGGACAUCGAUGCCCACAACAGGAACCGGGUAACUGUCAGUACCCUGCUGCCAAGAGAGUCCAGCUCCAAGAACACAGAUGCAGCUCUCCUGUCCGUGGUGAGUUUUCCAGCCUUCGCUGUGGAUGAUGAAGCGCUGAGGUAUCGGACCCAGGAUAAAGUCAUCAGAAAACUGCAGGGCAAGUAUGGGUUUAAGAGGUUCCUGAGAGAUGGCUACAGUACUGUUCUAGAGGACAAGAAGAGAAAGUACUACAAACCUGCUGAGAUUAAGUUAUUUGAUGGAAUUGAGUGCGAAUGGCCUGUAUUUUACAUCUACAUGAUUAUUGAUGGUGUUUUCCGCAAUAAGGAAGAUCAAGUAGAGAAGUACUGUAGGAUGUUACAGCCAUUGCUGCAGGACAAGGGGGAACUCGGUGUGGUCAUCCCAAAGUACUACUUUGUUGCUGAGGAGAAUGUGGAGGCUGAGAGGAAGGCCCCGGGGACACAGACCAGAGUUGCUAGUGACGAGGGCACCGAUGGCAAACUGUUCCUGUGGGGACAGUCACUGUACCUCAUCGCCUGCCUAUUGGUGGAAGGACUCCUCAGUACCAAAGAGCUGGAUCCCAUUGGGAAGAACCUGCCUCCAGGGGAGAGGAGCAGUGUCAACUCCAGAUACUCUUCCUUUAGGAGUCAGAGCUAUGUGUCUGAUCAGUCAAUUCAGAUGGUUCUUAUUGCGGACAGUACCAGUCUGCAGGCAACCCUGGCCAUGUACGGUAUCCAGACCCAGACUCCUCAGCAGGUAGAACCCAUCCAGAUCUGGCCACCAGGAGAACUGGUCAAGGUCUAUGAGUUCCUGGGAGUGAAUAAGAAGCUGGGCCUGACAGGAAGACCACCCAGACCUAUCGGAUCCCUCGGAACCUCCAAGAUCUACCGUAUUCUGGGAAGGACAGUUCUCUGCUACCCACUUGUCUUCAACCUCAGUGACUUUUACAUGUCGCAGGAUAUGUCCUUACUCAUCGAUGACAUCAAGGACCACCUUCAAUUUGUUAGUACCCGUUGGGAACUGUCAGGACGCCCUACUUUCUGUGUCCUCCUGCGUGAUGAGAACAUCAGAAGUGGACAUAUGUCUGAGCUGCUGGACAUGCUGGCAGCCUUCAAGAGAGGUGAAUAUGCUGGGGUGAAGAUCCGACUGGGAAACCUUCAGACUCUGAUGUCCACGGCCUGUGUGGAACACCUGGACUUCAUGCUGAAUGAGUACAUGGACAUUGGGCUGGGCAGUCUGGAAGUGAAGCCCCUAGAGGAGCGGGAGGGCAGCAAUGUUCUGGACCGCCACACCAGGAAGGCUUCAACUGGGGCCUUACAUCACGAGGAGGAGGAUGUCUUACUGGACGACAUGAGUGGCAGUCCGACCUGGGAGGUGAUCCAGCGACUUCAGACAUGCACCAGUCUUAAGGGACAGAGUCUUCUCCUCAGGGUGCUGCUGAAGAGGGAGGGACCCAACUUCAUCACUGAUGAAGGCACCAUUGUGGACAGGCUGGAACGGCUGUGUAGGAAGGCUGGUGAUAUGAAAUACUGGUCGGUGGUGCGCCUGACGGCCAGUCUGUGUGGGAAGCUGGUGGACAGCCUGGCACCGUCCAUCACUAGUGUCCUGGUGCGGGGCAAACAGGUGACGUUAGGUGUGUUUGGUCAUGAGGAGGAGGUGAUCUCCAACCCCCUGUCCCCAGGGGAGAUAAAGAAUAUCGUGUACAGUAAGUGUAUGCCUCACGACGAGCGGGAGGCUGUUCUACAACAGGAGAUGAUUAUCUACAUCGGCAACAUCAUCUCAACAACUCCAGAACUGUUCGACGGGAUUCUGAAAAUAAGGGUCGGCUGGUUCAUCCAGGCAAUGAAGAAUGAACUGAAGGCUUCCAGUGCAGCAAAUUUGGCAGAUCCUGGAGCGCACUCCUGCAGGGUUCACAGUCUCAGGCUUCCACCUUCCUCAGCAACCUACCUUGUCAGACAUGACGCUCUCAGAGAUGAACUUUGCACUGUUGGUGGAGAGGAUGCUGGGAAGGAUUGCCCAACCGGAAUAUCGUCAGAUUAUGGUGGAGAUGCUGAUGGUGUUGUCCACUAUCCUGUAUCGUAACCCAGAGUUGGAGUUCCAGGGCUGUGUGGAGCUAGACAAGGUGGUCCAGGAAUCCUUUCAAUACUUCCAACAAGACCAGAGUCAAAGCCAUGGCCAGGAGAAACAGGACGACAUGACAGCAUUUUUCAACACACCUGCGGGAGUGCAGCACGGAACAACUACGUACCUGGCAAAGGCAGCGGUCAACAGGCUACUGCAGGGCAAUGUCAACAUCAGUCAGGAUGAACCUUGUACUGUUAGUUAGACACAUCAACAUCAGUCAGGACAAACCCUGUACCGUUAGUUAGACACAUCAACAUCAGUCAGGACAAACCCUGUACUGUUAGUUAGACACAUCAACAUCAGUCAGGACAAACCCUGUACCGUUAGUUAGACACAUCAACAUCAGUCAGGACAAACCCUGUACUGUUAGUUAGACAUAUCAACAUCAGUCUGGACAAACCCUGUACCGUUAGUUAGACACAUCAACAUCAGUCAGUAUGAACCCUGUACCGUUAAUUAGACACAUCAACAUCAGUCAGGAGGAACCCUUACUGUUAGUAAGACACAUCAACAUAAAUCAGGACAAAUCCUGUACUGUUAGUUAGACACAUCAACAUCAGUCAGGAUGAACCUUGUACUGUUAGUUAGACACAUCAACAUCAGUCAGGACAAAUCCUGUACUGUUAGUUAGACACAUCAACAUCAGUCAGGAGGAACCCUGUACUGUUAGUAAGAUACAUCAACAUUAGUCAGGAUGAACCCUGUUCUGUCAGUAGACACAUCAACAUCAGUCAGGACAAACCCUUACUGUUAGUUAGACACAUCAACAUCAGUCAGGACAAACCCUUACUGUUAGUUAGACACAUCAACAUCAGUCAGGAUGAACCCUGUACCGUUAGUUAUACACAUCAACAUCAGUCAGGACAAACCCUUACUUUUAGUUAGACACAUCAACAUCAGUCAGGACAAACCCUGUACUGUUAGUUAGACACAUCAACAUCAGUCAGGACAAACCCUUACUGUUAGUUAGACACAUCAACAUCAGUCAGGAUGAACCGUGUUCUGUUGGUAAGACACAUCAACAUCAGUCAGGAGGAACCCUGUACUGUUAGUUAGACACAUCAACAUCAGUCAGGACAAACCCUGUACUGUUAGUAAGACACAUCAACAUCAGUCAGGAUAAACCCUGUACCGUUAGUUAUACACAUCAACAUCAGUCAGGAUGAACCCUGUUCUGUUAGUUAGACACAUCAACAUCAGUCAGGACAAACCCUGUACCGUUAGUUAUACACAUCAACAUCAGUCAGGAUAAACCCUUACUGUUAGUUAGACACAUCAACAUCAGUCAGGAUAAACCCUGUACCGUUAGUUAUACACAUCAACAUCAGUCAGGAUAAACCCUUACUGUUAGUUAGACACAUCAACAUCAGUCAGGAUAAACCCUGUACCGUUAGUUAGACACAUCAACAUCAGUCAGGAUAAACCCUGUACCGUUAGUUAGACACAUCAACAUCAGUCAGGAUAAACCCUGUUCUGUUAGUAAUAUACAUCAACAUUAGUCAGGAUGAACCCUGUUCUGUUGGUAAGACACAUCAACAUCAGUCAGGAUAAACUCUGUGUACUACAUGUAUUCUCGUAUGUAUAACUAUGUAUAUGUACUGCAGAAGAUCAUAUGUGCUUGUUCACAACAUGUAGGGAGUAUUUUACAUGUGCAUGUCAUUUGCUGGAGGUAUUCAUCAGUUUAAUGUACAGCAAAUCUUCUGGUUUGGUUGAAAUUAUUUGUCGGACAAAGGUACUGGCAUGAAUUCCCUUGUGAAACAGAAUUUUAGAAAAAUGAAUGUCCGGUUCUUUGUAUUAUGUUUUACCAAUGUUGGUUAGAUAAAGCUUACUUUCUCCACAAUUCAGUACUUUUUAUGUUGCUUCUAAAAUAUCUGUACCAAACAGUUGAGUGUAACUCUUAAGAAUUUGCCAACAUAUGUACAUUACUAAUGUGUGUUCGGAGUUUGUGGUUGUAACUAUCAUCACAAAACUGCAAACAAGAUGAAACUAGUAAUUCAUUUCACAAUUUACAUAGCUCCAGAGUGUGGGACAGGUAUUCUCACUGUGGUAUCUAAUGAUAUACUGUAAAAUGAGUUGUGUGAAGCAAUAUUCAUAAAUAUAAUAAGAAGAUUGUUAGUAUUUAGAGGUAGAAUGCUGUUACGUGACUUUGACUAAAUUUGGAUGGUA